UUUUUUUUUUUACGCUUCCUUCGUUUUCCAAUUUCUCUGUCUUAUCAUGUGAGUCGUGAUCAAGAGAUCAUAACAUAUGGUAUUAAUCACUUGUCCAUUUCAAGUACAGUGAAAGUCAGGAAAACAUUAACAGAUUGUUCGGUGUUUUUGCUCCCGACAGAUACAGAAAACUCAGGUGUUCUGAAAAUGCUGAGAGCUGAAUAUGAGAGACGGGCAAAGUUGAAGCCACUUUCUUGGUUAAACACUAUGCAAUUGCCGCUUAAAAACGUCUACACGAGACUGAAAAUUGUCUCAAGAAGAAAAGUAGACUUCCAGGUUGAAAAUGACGAGUUGGGCAUGUACGACAUUUUCCAGGCUCUUGACGAAAGUGAGGAUGUCAAAAUGACGCUCGCUGAGGGAAGUCCAGGAAGCGGUAAAACUACGUUUUGCCUCAAACUUGCUUAUGAUUGGGCACGUGGAGAAAUGCCAACUAAUUGUUCCUUUCCUAAAUUCGAAUUUGUACUGCUCCUUAAAUGUCGAGACAUAAACGGAGAUCUAAUGGAAGCUAUCAAGGAACAGCUUUUGCCUGAAGAUAUCAAGGAGGAGACCUGGACAAAGCUGUCUGACUUCAUCACGGAUAUUCAUAACCAAGAGAGAAUUUUGAUUAUUCUCGAUGGUCUGGAUGAGCUCCCUGAAAAGUCACGACCAUGUGUUCGUAAACUUCUCAAGAGAAAAAUUUUACCAUUUUGUUAUGUCCUGGCUACAUCCCGGCAGGAAACAGGAAUCGAAGUUCGUAAAAACUACAAAUUUGAUCUUCUCCUGGAGAUCGAAGGAUUUACAGACGAAGAUGCCUUUCAGUAUAUCAGGAAGCAUUUUCAAAACGUCGGUCCGGAGCAUACUUCAAAAGGAGAAAGUCUGAUAGUGGAAAUUAAAGAAAACGAUUUAUUAAAUGCACUCCGAAAUAACCCGCUAAAUUUAAUCCUCCUGUGUGUUGUUUAUGAGGACUACAAAGGAGAACUACCAACUGCCCGAACCGAACUUUACCAAGUCGUUGUCCAGUGCCUUUUGAGACGUUAUUGUGUGAAACACAGCCUUGUGGCUCCAGAAGAAAACAGCGCCUUAGAGAAGCAAUUUGAAGAGAACAUUCUUGCCCUUGGGGAGCUAGCGUGGCUUUGUCUACUAAGUGAGCGUCACGGGUUUCAUGAAAAUGAAUUAGCUGCCCUUGAAAUCAGAUACAAAGGAUUGGUAGCUCGUGACAUAGGACUUCUUUACAAGGAAGAAAGUCUGAGGAGGUUAAAGCCCCAACAUGAGUACUUUUUUCUUCACAAGACCUUCCAAGAGUACCUGGCUGCCGCCUUUAUUGCUCACAGGUUGCGAGGAAAUGAGUUCAAAUUGUUUGAGCAUAUACGUUUUCAGGAACUGGUGGAAAGGUAUCGACAAGUGUUUCUUUUUGUGUCUGGUCUAUUGGGAAGGGACGCAAACAUUUUAUUCACACAGAUUGGCGAGGAGCUAAAAAAAUGGAAUUGGGUCAGUUGCAUACAGUUUCAAGAGUGGGACGAGUUUGAAGAGUCAGGAUUGUUGGAAAAGUUAGAAUUGUUGGGACAAGACUUGUGUGAUUACUUGGACAGACGCGGCUGGGAAGCAGCAACUUUCCUUACGGAAAGCUUCAGCGAAAGUGGAUAUGCUGAAAAAAUGGCAGAGACUCUUUGUUUUUACAUACCCUAUCCUCCGCAUGUUGAGAUUGAGCUUUCCCUUGCCCCGUUUGACCAAAUAUUUCACGUUUUAGAGGUCUGCAAGACCUUUUCAAACCUACAGAAGCCAGUUCGGCUUACUGUCAAUAUCUUCGCUAAAGAGUGGAGGAGAGGUCUUGGCGAGUGCAUACAAUCCUGCUCGCAGCUUGAGACCCUUAGCAUUUUCGCCAAUAAAAUAACUUUAGACAUAGCUAAGGAAUUAAGUACCGGCUUAUCUGGAAACACGACUUUAUCAGAGUUUACGCUUCAAGUGUUUAGCAGUAUCCAUUGCCAUGCAGCUGUCGUAAUUGGAGCAUUGUUAGCUGCACGCAAAGCUUUGAGAAGAAUUACAUUUCAACUUGAAAGCGUUUGGGGGAAGACUUUGGCUUGUGCUAUUGAACCUGCUUUGUCUGCGAACACUCUUUUGAAGUCUGUGGACCUCAGCGUUCAUGGGUCAUUGUGUGAUACUGCUGUCCAUGAUUUAGGAAAGCUGCUAUCAAAUAAAGCUUUGGUCUCAUUUUCCCUUAAUAUCUCUGGGGAUGUGCAAGAAUUUGUAGCCGCUGUUAUUAGCAGAGGAAUUGCACAACAAACCGCCCUCAAGUCAUUGGCUGUUAGCGUUGACGGCAACCUUUGUCACUCUGGUGUGAGUGCUCUUCAAAACAGUCUUCUAGAAAAUCGUUCUUUAAAUGAUUUACGUCUGACUCUCCAUGGGGAGAUUCCUGACAACUGGCAGUCUGUUGUGGAAAACCUUCGUUCGGUAAAGAAGGGGUCACUUAACUGUACUUUUCAUCCAGACCCGGGCAACAGUAUUACACGUAAUCAAAUGGCGCAUUUUCGUCCUACUGUGGUCAAGAGGGGGUUAGAAACAAAACAACACUUUACUGUAGUUCUUUGGGGAGAGCUGAAAUGUGAUGGAGCAGAAGAUUUAUGUGAGGUCUUGGUGCGUGUCCCCCUGACAAGCCUGACGUUGAAAGUGCAUGGAAAAUUACGUUAUGGUGUUGCCAAUGUUAUUAAAAGAUAUAUCGGACGACAAAAUGCACUAUCCUCCCUAACAAUCAUUACUUGGAGAAAGUUGGCCCUGGGAACAAAAGCCCUACUUCAGGAACUAUCUGAUAAAAACAUAACUGUUCAAGUAAAGGAGCAUGGCGUCUGCAAAGUUCCUAAGGAAGCUAGUAAUGCUCUUAAUGUCUCUAUUGACAACCCUGCAUCACUGACACAAGUGUUCUCUGAAGUGAAGGAUACCAGAAAAGAGAAGAUAAAUCUUAGAAUCAUCAACGACCGUAAAGUAAGUUGUGACUGGCCACGUCUUCUAGGUGAUUGUUUAGCAGAAAACACAUCGCUUACUAUGCUGGACCUUACGGUGAGCAACUACCUAAUAAAUUCACGAAUAGGAAAAGUCCUCGGGGAGAGUUUGCUGCAAAGUUCUUCAUUAACAGUCGUAAGUCUUACAAUCAGGAACUACAGUAACAUGGCAGAAGGCUGGGAAUGUACGCUGGUCAACAGCUUGGCUAAAAUGGCUUCAUUAACUACACUUAGUCUCGCAAUUGACCAUCGUGGCGAGGUCAACUAUCGCGUAGCCGAUUUGAUGGCAGUGAAGUCCUUGUCUUCGCUUUCCGUCGUGAUCAACGGUAGUAAGUUAAAUUACUUCUGGGCUCAAUUUCUGAGAAAAUGUUUGGAAGAAUGCACGUCACUAACAAAACUCUGCCUUACAUUUAACAACUAUAAGGGUGACCCUGACGAUCCCGACUUCGUUUCCAGGUGCAUUACUAUACCUUUGGACGGGGAGGUAGAUUUCACUUAUGGACUGGCAAGUACCUCAUCGAGCAUUACUAAACCUUUGGAGGUAGAUUUCACUCAUGGACUGGCAAGUACCUCAUCCUUAAAGGAACUAGUCAUUACGAUCAACAACGUCACCGGUACUUAUUCUGGCUGGGCAAAGAAUUUAAUUGAGGGACUCCCAAUGAACAAUUCAAUAACGUCCCUCACUGUUAUAGUCAGUGAUCACAACUUCUUGAGCUAUGAUUCUUGGGUAUUCCCUCUGAUAAGUUGUUUAGCGAAAAACAAGUCGUUAACUACAUUCGUUCUGACAGUAAAUGACUACAGUGAAGGUGGAAAGUGUCUUAAACACUACCUAAGUGACCGCCAUUAUGGAUGGAGAUUUGAUAAUCACUUUUCAGAAAACACAUCAUUAACUGAACUCAAUCUGACAGUCAACAUCCGCGGUGAAGUAAAUGAAAACUGG